CAAUGUAGGAACCUGUUCUCUGCACUUACAAUGCACUGAUCAUGGUUGCAAUGCUCUACAGGCUUCAAUGCAAAUUAUAUUAACUCAUUUUAAUAAUGUGGAUGCAUUUAUUACAUUUCAGUCAAAGGGGUGGACUGACAACUCAUGGGGCCCCCGGGCAAUUGGGGAUCAUGGGGCCCCUGUGUCCUUGCCCACACUCAAAGCACACUCAAUAAAGCCUAUAAAAGGUACUAGGGACAUUUUAUGGGGCCCCCUACUGGCCCUGGGCCCUCAGGCAGUGCCCGAGUGCUCGAAUGGUCAGUCCGCCCCUGGUUUUAUUCUAUUCUUUUCU